UGCAUCCUACAACAAUUACAUUACGUACACAGAAAUGUCCACCGGCUCGGUGAGCGAAAAUGAUGACAUUGAGACAUCUCACCUAAGGAAAGACGCCCCGUUGGGAAGCAACAAGCGGAGCAGUGUGCACUAUACUUCGGCAGAGUUCUCAGACGACGAGUACGGCACAGAUGACGGCUUCGACCGAAAGCGCAAACGGAUGCGCAGUGGGUCCGAGGGUAAACAACUUAUCUCAAAGUCUCAUCAAAAGGAAGCUCAACAGACGCAAAGAAACGCUGCCAAUGCCAGAGAAAGAGCUCGGAUGCGAGUUCUAAGCAAAGCAUUUUCCAGACUUAAAACUAGCCUGCCUUGGGUACCAGCGGAUACCAAACUUUCGAAACUGGACACGUUGCGCCUCGCUUCCAGCUACAUCUCUCACCUCAGACACAUUCUGCAGGAUGACCGUUUUGAAAACAGCUUCGUACACCCUGUAAACUUGACUUGGCCAUUCGUUGUGUCAGGCAGAUCAGAAGACAGCCAAGACGUUGAUCCAUCCGCCAGACUGUGCGGAGCAACAGCAUAACAUGUUCUCAGCGUGGACUGUUUACACAUCCCUGUAUCCCGUCUCAACUGUCAAUUAGCUGUCAUACUCGACUAUGAUAUGAGGCAUGUGAUUAAAACACACAGUUCCCUUCUGGUUCUGUAUCCCCCCUUCUUAUUCAAACUUUUCCUAUCUGCUUGCGUUGUUUCUCAUUCUAAGGCGGGGGUCUCCAAUCCUGCUCCUGGAGAGCUACUGUAGGUUUUAGCUCCAAUCUAACACACCUGAUUCUAAUAAUUAUCUGGUUGAUCAGGUAACUAGUGUAGAAUCAGGUCAAAUGAAUGUGGUUGGAGCAAAAACCAACAGGCAGGUAGCUAUCCAGGAACAGGGUUGGAGACCUCUGUUCUAGGGCAUUGUAUUAUUGUGUUGUGAAUAGUGUUAUGCCAUGUCUUACACUGGAUGUGACAUUUUUGUACAUGUUGAUGUUGUGUUUAUAAUGAAGGAAAAAA